AUGACGUCGUCUUCGCUCGACUUUGGCCUCAAAGGCGUACACGUGCUCGUCUCCGGUGCCUCGGGAGGCAUCGGAUUCGAGACGGCCAGGACGUUUGUCGAGGCGGGCGCCAAAGUGACGGCGCACUACAAUACGACGCCGCGCGGGCUGGCUGAUCUGGCCGGCGUGGUGGCGCUCCAGGCAGACGUGACGAGUGAAACCGACGUAGCUCGACUGUUCACGCAGGCCGAGGCUGCCCAAGGUGUUGCGGUUCAGGUGCUGGUGGUCAAUCAUGGAAUUUGGCCCGUAGCCCCCGUCGCCCUCUCGGACAUGUCGCUGGAGCAAUGGCGCAACACGCAUGCUGUCAACCUCGACGGAGCGUUUUUGCUGGUGCGGUCGUAUCUGGCGAACCUCAAGAACAAGCCGAGCAGCGUGCUGGAUGCAGCCUCGGUGUGCUUCAUCGGGAGCACGGCGGGCAAGUUCGGCGAACACGAUCAUGCCGACUACGCAUCGACAAAGGCGGCACUCAUGUAUGGGCUGGUGCCAAGCCUCAAGAACGAAAUCGUCCGUAUCGCUCCCAAGGCAAGAGUCAACUCGGUCAACCCCGGUUGGGUGCGUACUCCAAUGGCAGAGGAAACCAUCAAGGACGACAAGGUCAGAGCAAGGGCUCUCGCUAGCACCCCACUUCAAAAGGUCGCCUUGCCCCAAGACAUUGCCAGACAGGUCGUCGUGCUCUCCAGCCCGACCCUCAGCGGUCAUGUCACCGGCGUCAAUCUGCAGGUGGAUGGCGGCAUGGAGGGAAGAUGCCUCUACCCGCCGCCCAACUAA